GCAGCUCGUCUGCAAGUCAGAGCCAAACACAGACCAGCUUGAAUAUGAGGUCACAGAAGAGCAUCAGUCUCCAGCUGGAAUCAGUGAUGAUGAGGAGAUGCUCAUCAGUGAGGAAGAAGUUCCCUUCAAAGAUGAUCCAAGAGAUGAAACCUACAAGCCCCAUCUAGAGAAGGAAGCACCAAAGCAAAGGAGAAAAGCUAGCAAGGGGAAGGAGGAAAAAGAGAAACAGAAAGAGAUUAAAGUAGAAGUGAAAGAAGAGAGUGAAUUUCAGGAAGAUGAAGAACCACCGAGGAAGAGGGGAAGGAGGAGAAAGGAUGACAAGAGCCCAAGGCUGCCCAAGAGAAGGAAGAAGCCUCCAAUACAGUAUGUCCGCUGCGAGAUGGAAGGCUGUGGCACAGUCUUGGCUCACCCGCGUUACCUGCAGCAUCACAUAAAGUACCAGCACUUGCUGAAGAAAAAAUAUGUGUGUCCUCAUCCCUCCUGUGGUCGGCUCUUCCGACUUCAGAAGCAGCUCCUGCGGCAUGCCAAACACCACACAGAUCAAAGGGAUUACAUCUGUGAGUACUGUGCCCGGGCGUUUAAGAGUUCUCAUAACUUGGCUGUGCACCGAAUGAUCCAUACAGGCGAGAAGCCCUUGCAGUGUGAGAUCUGUGGAUUCACUUGCCGGCAGAAGGCUUCCCUCAACUGGCACAUGAAGAAGCAUGAUGCAGACUCCUUCUACCAGUUCUCCUGCAACAUUUGCGGCAAGAAAUUUGAGAAGAAGGACAGCGUCGUGGCCCACAAAGCCAAGAGCCACCCUGAAGUGCUUAUUGCUGAAGCACUGGCUGCCAAUGCGGGUGCCCUCAUCACCAGCACCGACAUCCUGGGCACUAAUCCCGAGGCCAUUGCGCCGCCCACCGAUGGCCAGGGCCUCCCCCUUCUUCCCGACCCGCUGGGAAGCACUGCCCCAGCAGAUUGCCUGCUGCUGAACCCUGACGGAAUGCCGAAGACCUACUGUGGUGGAGCAGAGCGCGUGAGCCUGGUGGCUGAUGGCAAGCUCUUUGUGGGGAGUGGCAGCAGUACAAACCCGGAGGGGCUGGUCAUGAACACAGAGAUCCUGGGAGCCACUACGGAGGUGCUCAUCGAAGAUUCAGACUCCGCUGGACCCUAGUGGGCGGGGAGCACUUGGGUGCUGGGACAGUUUGGGCUCUGUAUUUAAGAGGAGGAGGAAAAAAAAA